AGUGCUUUCAGUGUCAUCAAACGUACUACUAUAUAGACUAUUUUCUCGCAAAAAAGAGCUCAGGGCGUCCUGUAGCUUUUCUAUUCAGACUAGAUUCGCCGGGCGGAAUAUUUCGCUUCAACAUGCAGACAUAUCAGAUUGGUCCAGCAUCGGGCUCUGCGUUUUCAUUCAAUGAGUACAGCUCAGUAGCCCCAACAUCGAGCCAGCAACAAUUCACGCCGGUAGUACAGGCAGAGUGCAAGUACGAUUCAGGCAGUGCCGGCACAGCGAGCAUACACUAUCCAACGUAUACCAGCCAACUUCAGUUAUCUGGGCAGCAAGCCCCAGCCGUCCAGCCAAGUCACUCCUCUUACUGCUGGUGUUCGUCAACCAAUGCAUGUAGCAAUAGUUGCGCUUACCUCCAGUGUGCCUACGAAGCCAGCGUCGCUCCACUCACCGGUUCCAGUAAUAGCUGUUACAAUAGGCCAAUAAAAUCGUCCAUGCUGUCCUCGCAAUCGCCAAGCUGCUGUAGCGUGGAUAGCCAAAUGUCGUCGCAAAGCUAUUCUCAACCGCCGACUCCACCUGAGGGCAAUAUACAGCAAACUCCAAUUUACACACAGACUGCAUACGAUGGUCUGACGUACAGGUCAAAUACCAAAGCUUCUUGGCAGACCCACCCGAGCGUACGCUACCAGCUUCCACCUACACCUCCGGACUACUCACCAACAUACCCAUCCUGGUCAUCGAACAUGAUCAUCCUCGAUGUGGACAAAUCAGGAAACCGGAAAUGCUCGCGUUGCCAGUGUCCCAAUUGCCUUCUCGAUGGCGGUAACAACAGCCUUGGACCCGACGGAAAACGACAGCAUCUCUGUCACAUUCCCGGAUGCGGCAAAAUCUACGGCAAAACGUCGCACCUGAAGGCACACCUGAGGUGGCACAGCGGCGACAGACCGUAUCUUUGCAGCUGGAUGUACUGCGGCAAGAAGUUCACGCGUAGUGACGAGCUGCAGAGGCACAUGAGGACUCAUACCGGUGAGAAGAGGUUCGUCUGUCCGCACUGCGAGAAGAGAUUCAUGCGCAGUGAUCAUCUCACCAAACACGUCAGAACUCAUGAGAACCCUAAAAGGAAAGGAAUAAAGAGAGUACAGGAGUAA